AACAUAUCCCAAUAUAGUACAGUUAUUGCAAAAUAUUAAAUAAUUGGUAAGGUCCUAAUAUAAAUCUAAGUGAAAACUUUGGGUAUCACUGUUAAGAUAAAAGUUCGCAGUGUUCAAUCGUCCUAUUAUACAAAAACAUUUUAAGGUAAGUUUUUGAGGACUGGGAUUGUAGCUUAGUGAUGGAGUACAUGCUUAGCAUGCUUGAGGCCUUGGAUUCUAUCCCCAGCACCACGCAUACAAUACACACAUGAAACCUCAAGGGGAAAUUUUCAUGAAAAUAGAUUUAGUUAGGGAUAUAGUAUACAGUUAUAUUCUUAUGAUGCUUCAAAUGACAACCCAAAUGCUAUUCAAAUUUUAUCAAAUAUUUCAUCUUUAUGUAAUUCAAAAAUAUUGGUAAGCACAAGCCAGGCAUCCUACGUGAUUAUCUUAUCUGGACCAUGCUAUUUCUACAUCCACAAAUUCCAGCUCCUUUCAGUCGGUAUAAUGAAUUAGAACCUAACCUGCAAGUUACUAGUUUCAAUAGCAUUUUUGAAAACUUUUUUUAAAAAUUUUACAAACCCUUUUAAUAAUCUCUGCUCCCACAAGUGCUCUCAGUAAACAUCUGCCAUCACAUUGCAUAACUACUGUUUGCGAUUUUAAGCUUUACAAAUACGUAUGAUUCACGAAAAGGUAAGUGUAAUAAUUUCUUAGGUAACAAGACCAUCAGUUUUUCUUAAUCGUUGCAAUAAUAACAUUGGGCUCUAGGCGCCGCUGUUCACCAAUCAGGGAAUGGGAGGCAGAGCGCUAUAGUGAGUCCCCCUCCCCGACCUCUAUCACACAAAGCAGAAUGAGAUGGAUACUCACCGAUCCUGAUGCUGGAAACUUAAAAGCGCUGUCUUCAGCUUUCUAACAUAUUUUGUAUGCGGAAGGCUUGGGAAACAGACCUGCUCAAGACACUACGGAUUAUUUGCUCAGACCCUGCCAUGAAGAUUCAUUCACCGCGUCAGGAUCGCAGCGGGCUGCUCUCGCUGUGCUUUUUCCUGGGGACUAUGUGCGGUUUUGGGGCAGGGCAAAUCGGAUACUCUGUGCCAGAAGAGACCAACAGAGGGUUUUUUGUGGGCAACAUCUCCAAGGACCUGGGGCUGGAGGCUCGGGAGCUGGUAGAACGCGGAGUCCGCAUCGUCUCCAGAGGAAAGACGCAGCUUUUCUCUCUCAACCCGCGAGGCGGCAGCUUGGUCACCGCUGGUAGGAUAGACCGGGAGGAGUUGUGUGAGACCGUGUCUUCCUGCUUUUUAAGUAUGGAGAUUCUCGUGGAAGACACCUUGAAGAUUUAUGGCGUGGAGGUGGAAAUAAUUGAUAUUAAUGACAAUGCCCCCAGCUUCCGGGAAGAAGAAGUAGAGAUAAAAGUCAGUGAGCACGCAGCUCCGGGAUCGCGAUUUCCUCUUCCUAGCGCUAGGGAUCCGGAUGUGGGGCCGAACUCUCUCCAGAGCUACCAGCUCAGCCCUAAUAGUUACUUUUCUCUGCAAGUGCGAGAAGGAGCUAAUGGGGUCAAGAAUCCGGAGCUAGUGCUGGAGGGAGGCCUGGACCGGGAGAAAGAAGCAGCUCACCACCUCCUCCUCACCGCCUUAGAUGGAGGAGAUCCCAUCCGCAAGGGCACCAUUCCCAUUCGCGUGGUGGUCCUUGAUGUAAAUGACCACAUUCCAAAGUUCACACAGUCUCUGUAUCAGGUGAGUGUUCCCGAAAACCUCAGCUCUGGAACUCCAGUGCUUGUGGUAAACGCCACAGAUCCAGAUGAGGGGACAAAUGGGGAAGUGAGGUAUUCAUUCCGAAAUAUAGAAAGCAAAGCUUCUGAAAUAUUCCAGUUGAACUCGAAAACUGGAGAAGUUCUAGUACAAGGACCUCUGGAUUUUGAAAAGUACAAAUUUUAUGAGAUGGAAAUUCAAGGCCAAGAUGGUGGAGGUCUUUUGACCACUGCUAAGAUGUUGAUCACAGUUGUGGAUAUGAAUGAUAACGCUCCAGAAAUAACUAUUACCUCUUCUAUUAAUUCGUUGCUGGAAAAUUCUCCUCUGGGUUCAGUAAUUGCUCUUCUAAAUGUGCAAGAUCAAGAUUCUGGAGAAAAUGGUCAGGUCUCCUGUUUCAUUCCUAAUAAUCUUCCUUUCAAAUUAGAAAAGACCUAUGGAAAUUAUUAUAAGUUGAUAACAAACAGUGAGCUGGACAGAGAGCAAAUCCAGAGCUACAAUAUAACAUUGACAGCCAAAGACCAGGGAAAUCCACCCUUGUCCACAGAAGCUCAUCUCAUGCUGAAUGUGGCAGAUGACAAUGAUAACCCUCCAGUUUUCUCCCAAUCCUCUUACUCUGCCUACAUUCCUGAAAACAACCCCAGAGGGGCCUCCAUCUUUUCAGUGACUGCUAUGGACCUGGACAGCAAAGAAAAUGCCCAAGUCACUUACUCUCUUAUGGAGGACAUUAUCCAGGGGGUGCCUAUAUCCUCCUAUGUAUCUAUUAACUCAGACACCGGCGUCCUGUACUCGCUGCAAUCCUUUGACUAUGAGCAGUUCCAAACCCUGCAAGUGAGAGUGACGGCACGUGACAGCGGGGACCCACCACUCGGCAGCAAUGUGUCGCUGAACCUGUUUGUGCUGGACCAAAAUGAUAAUACCCCUGAGAUCCUGUACCCCACCACCCCUACAGAUGGCUCCACUGGUGUGGAGUUGGCGCCUCGCUCAGCAGAACCUGGAUACCUGGUGACCAAGGUGGUGGCAGUGGAUAAAGAUUCAGGACAGAAUGCUUGGCUGUCCUACCGCCUGCUCAAGGCCAGCGAGCCGGGUCUUUUCAUAGUUGGGCUGCACACAGGUGAGAUUCGCAUAGCCCGGACACUGCUGGACAAAGAUGCACUCAAGCAGAGCCUUGUGGUGUCUGUGCAGGACCACGGCCAGCCUCCUCUCUCAGCCACCGUAACGCUCACCGUGGCCGUAGCUGACAGCAUCCCAGAAGUUCUGGCUGACUUAGAGAAUCUAGAGGCUCCCACCAACCCUGAUGAAUCAGGCCUCACACUCUAUCUUGUCGUGGCCAUCACCGCAGUCUCCUGCGUCUUCCUCAUUUUUGUCAUUGUACUGCUGACACUGAGACUUCGGCGCUGGCACUCGUCUCGAUUUCUCCAGGCAGCAGGCAGUGGAUUAGCAGGUGUGCCCACCUCAAAUUUUGUGGGUGUGGAAGGGGUGCACGCAUUCCUACAGGCCUAUUCCCAUGAAGUCUCCCUCACCUCAGACUCAAGGAAGAGCCAUUUGAUCUUCCCGCAGCCCAACUAUGCAGACACACUUAUCAGCCAGGAGAGCUGUGAGAAGAGCGAGCCUCU